UACCAUAUUUCUGGGCCAAGAUUAACGGCAUAACACCUGUGCAGCUUAUGGCAGUGUUGGCUUGGUGUCCAGCGCUCAUUAUGUAGCAUCUAGAUGUACGCGCGCAAGAAAGUUGGUACAUACCUGCGUGCAUACAUAUGUGGGUAGGUAGAUACAUGUGCAUGCAUAGGUAUGCUUACUUCCCCACGCAUCUACCCCGUUGACUAUGAGCACUUCGAAGUAACUAUGGGCGGAAUGCAAAAGGGACUCGGGCUAGCAAAAGAAGACAGCUCUGAAGAGUAGCAACGGUAUACGUGGCACAAUUGUGUGCACCAGUAUUUAAGACCCGGAGAGAGAAAAGGAGAGUCUUCUUCCGUUCAGUGGCAUUAUGGGGAACAUCCUGAAUGGGUUUAUUUUUAAUAACCCCAUCGAGGGGUGCUACGAAAAAUUCCGCUUGGACUUUAUUUUUGUUGAAACGGAGAGCGGGGACAGAAUUGCGGCCCACUUCAUCAAUAGGAAAGCCCCACUAACCAUUUUGUUCUGCCAUGGCAAUGGUGAGAACAUCUACAUGUUGUAUGAUUACUUUCGCGAGGCGUCCAAAGUAUGGAAUGUAAACGUGUUCUUGUACGAUUACCCCGGAUACGGAGAGAGCACCGGAACGCCCAACGAACAGAGUAUGUACCAAAGUGGAAGAGCGGUGUAUGACUAUAUGGUGAACGUCUUAAACAUAAAUGCAGAGAGCAUUGUACUGUAUGGGAAGUCCAUAGGUUCGUGCGCUGCGAUCGACAUAGCCAUCAUGAGGAAGGUAAAAGGCAUAAUUCUGCAGAGCGCCCUAAUGUCCCUCCUGAACAUUUGCUUUAAAACGCGGUUUAUCCUCCCGUUCGAUUCUUUCUGCAACAUAAAGAAGAUCGGCAUGGUUCCAUGCUUUGCCUUUUUUAUCCAUGGCACUGACGACAAGAUAGUCCCCUUUUAUCACGGACUGAGCCUCUAUGAAAAGUGCAAACUGAAAGUGCAUCCCUACUGGGUUGUCGGCGGCAAGCACAAUGACAUCGAGUUGAUUGAGACCAAAAAGUUCAACCAGGGCAUCAAGUCUUUUUUGAAGUUUCUGCGUAAUAAUGUUUAGUCGUCCCUGAGCAUGCCCCCUUAGUUUUAUCUCUCCUUUUUUGUUGCACUCCAUCUUAUCGAAAGCGCAGCUUCGUCGCGGGUGUGUCCAUAUAAUUCCCACGUACGCGCGAUGAUGUCACAACGCUGGGGGGCCCCGUUUCCCAUCUAUCAAUUCUACAUGUGCAAGUGUGCAUAUAAAUUGGGGACCCCCCGUGGAUAUACAUUACAAACGGAACUAGCACACCUGGUGUGCAAAUGAAAAAUAAAAUAAAAGCGUCACUGCGUUUUGUGUCAUG